AUGGCGGCUAAGCCGCUCAUUUUGGCGCAUGUGGUGUCUGAUAAUUUCAAGUUGAUUAAGACUAAGGAGAAAUCGUAUGAUGUCAAUAGGAGAAUGCUUGAGGAAAAUAUGGAUGAAGCGUGUGCAAGUGAAAUGAUUGCUGAGGGUGCUGCUAUUGAAUGUACCGUUGGGAGUAUUGGAAGUGUUGGUGCGAGCUGCGACAAGAUAUUGGAAAGCAAUGUUGCUAGUGGUAUGAGUGGUGAGAUGUGUGCUGGUGUGAGUGCUGCGACUGGAAGUAGAAGGAUGGAUGCCGCUAAAACAGGUAACGGGGUAUCUAGAGGACGGGAGGGGGAAGAUGAGAUGCAGAAUAAGAGAAGAAGAACAGAGGAGAAUGUGAUAAUUACUUAUAAUGAGGGGCAUGUUGGUGACUUUGCUGUCCUUGUCGAUACAUCGAAGUCUGAUGAAAUUAGAAAUACGAGAAGAAGAAAUGGUCUAUAUCUGUACGAGAAAAUUAAAGAUAUUAUUUCUGCUAGUGAUGGCAUUGAUGAGAUUAAGGAUGUGGGGCGCACAAUGUAUAAGAUUAAGUUCUUUACUGCGGUGGCAGCCAACAAGUUUGUUAGUAACAAGAGAUUGGCUGAGAGAAAUUUGAAGGCGUUCAUUCCACGUAAUUUUGUGGAAACUUUUGGUGUGCUCAGGGAUGUACCUCUGUCGAUUACUGAGGACGAAAUUGCUGCUGAUGUAAGAAGAUGCUUAGCAAUAGAGGAUUCUCCUCUUAAAUUGAUGUCUGUACAGAGGUUCACUAGAAGAGAUUUGGAUGAUAGAACAAGGAUGAUUCCUACUGGGUCGGUGAAGGUUGGUUUUAGCGGGGGUGCACUCCCAAGAGAUGUGAAGGUGAAUUAUACGAGAACAAUGGUGCAUACGUUCUAUCCGAGUGUAAGGCAAUGCAGGAAGUGUGGAAGGCUUGGGCAUUUGGAGAUGGGCUGUAAGUCCAGCAGAAGAUGUCUGAAAUGUGGCGUAGAGGGCGAUCAAUGCGGAGGAGACUGUGAGAUCAUCAGGUGUGUGCUCUGUAGGAAGACUGGCCAUCUGGCGUCUAACAGAGAUGUGUGCCAAGUUUGGCAGAAAGAGACAAGGAUCAACAAGUUGAUGGCUGAGAACAAGAUGUCGAGGUCGGAGGUUUUGGAUUCGUUUGGACAAGUAAGAACUAAUAGAUUUGAGGAGCUGAUGGACAAUGAGGAUUUCCCGCAGAUGCAAGGAGGAGGAAGGAAUGUUAGAGAUAGAGUCAGAGAGUCUAACAGGAUUUUGACACCGUGGGCGUAUAAUGCGGUUGCGAAGAAGGUUUCUAACGCGCGUAAGGAGGUGGCUGUGGCGCAGGGCGCGCAGAUACAUCCGAGAAUGUUUGAUGAGGUGUCUCCCUCUCAGCCAGUAUACCAGUACCCUGGCUAUAGCAGGGUGAGUGAGCUGGAGAAGAUCAUGCAAGAGCUGUUGAAAUUUAUGCGGGAUCAUUUUACGCAAGUGGGCAGUGAUGCGGGCCUGGUGGCUGUCAGGCAUUUUUCAGAGCGUGUUAAUAAAUAUAAUGUGCAAUCGCUGAAGAAGAACAAAGCUACAUUAGAAUAUUUGCUAAACAAGGAUGGUUUUGAUAUUUGCUGCUUAUGUGAGACUUUUUCUCAUGAGGACGUUAACAAGAAUAAUAAAAUUUUUAACUUUAACCUGGCGGAAAAGAGACGUGGUGAUGGCUACGGAGGCGUGGCCAUUGGCCUAAGAAAAUAUAUUAGUUUUAAAACUUUAGACUUUGUUACUGACUUGGAUAUUGUGAUUGUCAAAACUCUGAACUUAAAGAAGAACUUUGUCUUUUGUGCUGUUUAUUGUCCUCCGUCUAUAUCGGUUCCUGCUUUCGAGCUUGAGAUGUCGACUCUUUUGAACUACCUGGAGACUUUGAAUGAUGUUGUACUGCUUGGUGACUUUAAUGCGAGAUGCCUGGCUUGGGGUGACAGUGUCACCAUGCCUAAAGGUCGGAUCCUGCAGCAGCUAACUGACAAUGCUGGCUUUAUUUGCUUUAAUAAUGGUGCACAUACCUUCAAGAGAUCCUUGGCUGAUGAUAAUGGUACUGUUUUAGACCUUUGUUUUGCUAAUGGUGCGUCGGAGAUGGAAUGGAGCACUUUAUCCUUUUUAAUUGGUGGAAGCCAUCACUUUCCUAUUGAGAUUACAAUUAAGUCGGAUAGGAUUUCCUAUGGCAAGUUUGUAGCGAAGAAUUUGCUGGCGGACGCCUUAAGUCGAACUUCUUUUGGGCCUGAUAUGGAUGAGAUUGAAAAGUCCUUUUUGAAUGAAAUAAAUAGUGCUACUUUCAAGAUUAAAGAUAACAGGGUUCCCAAUUUCUGGUGGCAGAAGAACUUGGAUGUCUUAUUUAGAUCUCAAAAAGCUGCCUUUAAGAAAUGUGAAAGAUAUCCUACGCUGGAGAAUAUUGAAGCGGCGAGCACUGCUAGGAAAGAGUGGAAGUUGGCAGUUUUGAAUGCAAAGAGAGAAAGUUUUAAGGCUAACCUGGCUGGUCUGAAUGCUGACCCGGGAACGAAACAGGCUUGGAAUUUCGUAAAAAACGUGGUUGGGAGGCGCAAGAUCGGUGCUACCAGCUCGUGGAAUGCUGAAAAUAAUGAGGCAUAUUUGAAAUUUCUCAAGGAACAAGUGCCGUGUGAUGAUGAUGUAGCUGUAAUGGAUCUGGUGUGCCCAAGGGCUGUAAAGUUUGAAUAUGAGGAUUUUGAAAGAGUGCUGAAUGGCAAAAGAAAGGCGUCGGCUGGUGGCUGUGACGGCAUUACGUAUGACAUGAUCAAAGCACUUCCGGAUAUCUCUAAGAGCGUGUUGUUUACUGCCCUUAAUAAUUGCUUUGCGAAUAAUCUAAUCAGAGAUGGCUGGAGAAGGAUCAAGAUUGUGCCGGUGCCUAAGCCGGGCAAAGAUUUGAAGGAUUAUAGGAAUUUCAGACCAAUCUCUUUAAUAGCUGUCUUCCUGAAAAUGAUUAAUCUUAUGGUUAAGGAUAAGGUUGCUUGCUUUCUGGAGGCUAUGGGUUUCUUGCCUGAGCGAUGCUUUGCAUACAGGAGGGGGAGGUCUACCUCAUCCUGUGUUAAUGAUUUAUUGCACCGUACUGCGGUUCUUAAGGCGAAUGGUUUUAAAGUUAUGAUUGUGGCCCUAGACAUCGCAAAUGCUUAUAACUGUGUCAAGAUUGAGGUACUGAGCAAGAUUUUGGUUGAUUGUGGUUUGGAGAUGCAUUAUAUAGCGUGGAUACGCAAUUUUUUGUCAAAUAGGAUUUUGUGUCUUGGCAAAAGCACAACCACUGUUGUCGAUGGUCUGCCGCAAGGGAGCUGUUUAUCCCCGCUGCUAUUUAAUGUUUACACGAAGAACCUACACGGAAUAGAAGAUUGGUCUAGCUUGGUUUACCAAUAUGCGGAUGAUUUCUUGAUAAUGGUGUUUGAUAAAGACUUUAAUGAAGCGGAGAAGAAGCUUCAGACGAAGGUGCAAGCCUUUUAUGAUCUAUGCAAAGAAUUAAAUCUUUCCUUUCAGGCGGAUAAAUCCCAGAUUAUGUACUUGGCGAAGGGCAGCAGGAAGAAGGUGAGCCUGUCUGUUAAUGGAGCUGUGAUUCAACAAGUCAAGACCCUUAAGUAUCUAGGAAGGACGAUAACUGCAUCGUUAUCCGUUAAAGACCACUACACUCGAAUUGCCAAGGAAGUUGAGUCAAGAAAAAAUGUUUUUAAAUUUCUGACACCUGUUAAGGGAGGUCUGGAUCCAGCCGUAGCUCUUAAUCUAUAUCGUUCUCUGAUAAGAUCGAAGCUGGAGUAUGCGAGGGCUACUGCAGCCCAUACUCCGAUGAGUAUAAAUAAGAAGAUUAUGACAACUCAAAAUGCCACUCUGAGAAGAUGUUUGGGAGUGACGCCCUCUACGCCAAUUCAUGUGAUCUAUGCCCUUGCAAAUGAGAUGCCUGCCGCGGAGCGCAGUUUGUGGCUGACGGCUAGGGAGUUAUUAAGAGUGAAAUCUAUGAACCCAGAUUUAUACGCAAUGGUUGCGGAAAACCCGUAUGUACGCUCCAGCUAUAGUCAUGUUUAUCACAUGUUUCAGGAGAUUUUUGAUGUGAUUUCUGUUGUAGAGGAAGAGUGCAGGCCUGUCAGUCUGACGGUGCGGUCUUCGAUUGUUUGUGGAGACAGAGCCAAUGUUGCUAAAGAGAUUUUUCAGAAAAUGUAUUGCAAAGAGAUAGCGGAGUAUAAAGAUGAUGGUUUUGUUGUGUUUGCCACGGAUGCAUCGGUGAAGGCUGGGAGUGCUGGAUGUGCCGUUUUUAAUGCCACGCGGGAUCAGCGGUUCCUGUUUAGAAUUCAGGGGAAGACGUCAAGCCUCUUCUCUGAGUUAAUAGCGCUGCUUAAGGCAGUUGAGAUUGCGGUGGAGGAUGGCUGCUGUGAAUUUGUUGUCUUUACGGAUAGUCUAAAUGCCUGCAGACUGCUGAGUGCCCCUCGUACGAAGAAUCACCUUGUUGCUGGAAUUUUUCGGAAGCUGAAUUUCUCUAAUAUCAACAAAUGCCAUAUUGUAUGGGCACCUGCCCACGUUGGUAUUAAAAUCAAUGAGACUGCUGACUGGCUGGCUAAGUAUGCAGCUGAUAUUGGUGCCCCUGUUAAUUUUGAUUACACCCUCGAGGAAGGGUUAAGGCGUAUAAAGGAUGAGAUAUAUGAUAUUUGGAAUCGUGACUAUCGUUUGAAAUCUACUGGAAAAGGCAGAAAGUUCUUUGAGCUGUUUCCUGAUAUUCCCUCCCGUCCCUGGUUCCUAGGGGCUGACUUGGAACCUGCGGAGAAAAAGAUACUUAAUAGAAUGUUUACAGGACACACCUAUGAUAAAACCUAUUUGCAUAGAUUUAACCCCGGUUUGUCAUGCUUUUGUGACAUAUGUGGCUGUCGGGAAUCUGUGGGGCACAUGAUUUUUGAGUGCCCUAAAUAUCGCUCACUGAGAUCUCGUUUUAGUAUUUUUACAUAAGCACCCUCGACGUACAACAAUCCUGACGAUAGACUCAACCACUUUCAACACUUCUUGACGAAAAAGGAACAUAUAAUUGGAAUUAAUACGAGCUUUUUGGAGGAUUUAGCACCUACAUCACUUUGUGAUAUCGUUUAAGUUUGGCAGUGUGGACGGCUGCUCCUGGAUAUAACCUGGCAUAUGUGAGACUUGUCUCCGCCAUUCGUUCUGAAA